GUGGAGUGUUCCACGUCCAUUUUCACUCCUUCCGCUCCCUUUCCCUCAGAAAUGGCUGGAGAAACUCCCGAUGGCCAUUCCUCCGGCAAUCCGCCUUCGACGCCUGAUUCCCCCACCACCUCCGCCGGUUUCGAAACAGACCAGCUCCCUCAUCUCAGCCAAACUUCCGACACCUACCCUGAUGAGGACGAAGCCGCCGUCGAUCCUCAUAUCCUUCCCGACGAGCCUGACCCCGAUGAAGAGGAGGAAGGAGAGGAUCUCUACCACGACAAUUUCUUGGAUGAUUAUCGGAGAAUGGAUGAGCAUGACCAGUACGAGUCCUUGGGCCUCGACGAUUCUUUAGAGGACGAGAGGGAUUUGGAUCAGAUUAUGGAGGACAGACGAGCUGCCGAGAUGGAACUGGAAACUCGAGAUGCUCAGUUAACCCGUCGGAAGCUUCCUGAGCUAUUACAUGAUCAUGACUCCGAGGAUGACAACUACAGGCCUUCAAAAAGAUCAAGAGCUGAUUUUCGGCCUCCAGCUGCAGCAAGAAGCUACGAUGACAUUGAUGGUAUGCAAAGUUCUCCGGGUAGAUCCCAAAGGGAAAACUCACGAGAUGAUGUGCCCAUGACAGAUCAUUCUGUUGAUGACCAAUAUGAGGAUGAAGACGAUGAUGAAAAUGAGCAUGAGAUGUAUCGUGUUCAAGGGCCACUUAGAGAACAUGUUACCAUGGAUGCGGUUCGGCGCUUUAUAGGCAAAAAAUUUAAGAAAUUCUUGGAAACAUAUGUGAAUCCAAAGAGUGGAAAUGGUGAGCUUGAGUACAUGCGAUUGAUAAAUGAGAUGGUGCUAGCCAAUAGGUGCAGUUUGGAGAUUGAUUACAAACAGUUCAUCUUUGUUCAUCCAAAUAUUGCAAUCUGGUUGGCUGAUGCACCCCAGCCCGUCUUAGAAGUUAUGGAAGAUGUUGCAAAGAAGGUUGUCUUUGACAUACAUCCAAACUACAAAAAUAUCCACCAAAAGAUCUAUGUUCGCAUCAAUAAUUUACCAGUCUAUGAUCAGAUUCGAAAUAUUAGGCAAAUUCAUUUAAAUACCAUGAUUCGCAUCGGAGGCGUAGUGACCCGACGCUCUGGUGUCUUCCCCCAGUUGCAGCAGGUGAAGUAUGAUUGUAAUAAAUGUGGCACAAUAUUGGGACCAUUUUUUCAGAAUUCCUAUUCAGAGGUCAAGGUUGGUUCUUGUCCUGAAUGCCAAUCGAAAGGGCCAUUCACAGUAAAUGUCGAGCAGACUGUAUAUAGGAAUUAUCAAAAGCUAACCCUCCAAGAAAGUCCUGGAAUUGUGCCAGCUGGUAGACUUCCAAGGUACAAGGAAGUGAUACUAUUGAAUGAUCUAAUUGAUUGUGCCCGUCCUGGGGAAGAAAUUGAAGUCACGGGCAUUUAUACAAAUAAUUUUGACUUAUCAUUGAAUACAAAGAACGGGUUUCCUGUAUUUUCCACCGUUGUUGAAGCAAAUUAUAUUACCAAAAAGCAAGAUUUAUUUUCUGCUUACAAGCUUACCCAGGAAGACAAGGAAGAGAUUGAGAAGUUGGCUAAAGACCCUAGAAUUGGAGAAAGGAUAAUCAAGUCCAUUGCACCAUCAAUCUAUGGUCACGAGGACAUAAAAACAGCAAUUGCUCUUGCAAUGUUUGGAGGUCAAGAAAAAAAUGUUGAAGGGAAACACAGGUUACGAGGUGAUAUCAAUGUUCUUCUACUAGGUGAUCCUGGCACAGCCAAAUCUCAGUUUCUCAAAUAUGUUGAGAAAACUGGGCAUAGAGCAGUGUACACCACAGGGAAAGGAGCUUCAGCUGUAGGACUAACAGCAGCAGUGCAUAAGGAUCCCGUCACAAGGGAGUGGACCCUUGAAGGAGGUGCCCUUGUAUUAGCUGAUAGAGGAAUCUGUCUUAUUGAUGAGUUUGACAAAAUGAAUGAUCAGGACAGGGUGAGUAUCCAUGAAGCAAUGGAGCAGCAGAGCAUUAGCAUAUCAAAAGCUGGAAUAGUCACUUCUCUUCAAGCCAGAUGUUCGGUCAUCGCUGCUGCCAAUCCCAUUGGAGGAAGGUAUGACUCCUCGAAAACAUUUUCACAAAAUGUUGAGCUGACCGAUCCUAUCAUUUCUCGUUUUGACAUCCUCUGCGUUGUUAAGGAUGUGGUAGACUCUGUAACAGACGAGAUGCUUGCUAGGUUUGUAGUUGAUAGUCAUUUCAAAUCACAGCCAAAGGGAGUCAAUCUUGACGACAAGUCUAUAAAUGAAUCCCAGGAGGACAGUCAAGACUCUGCAAGGCCACUGGAUCCGGAGGUGCUCCCCCAAGAUCUGCUGAGGAAAUACAUAACUUAUUCUAAGUUGAAUGUUUUUCCAAGGUUGCAUGAUGCUGAUUUGGAUAAGUUGACACAUGUCUAUGCAGAAUUACGAAGGGAAUCUUCUCAUGGGCAAGGAGUUCCUAUUGCAGUUAGGCACAUAGAGUCAAUGAUACGCAUGUCUGAAGCGCAUGCAAGAAUGCACCUUAGACAGCAUGUCACGCAAGAAGAUGUUGAUAUGGCAAUUCGUGUGUUACUUGAUUCUUUCAUUUCGACCCAGAAAUUUGGAGUGCAGAAAGCUCUGCAAAAGAGCUUCAGAAAGUAUAUGACUUUCAAGAAGGAUUACAAUGAACUGCUGCUAUAUCUUCUCCGAGAACUUGUGAAGAAUGCACUUCACUUUGAGGAAAUUGUUCGUGGAUCUACAUCGGAGCUUACCCAAAUCAAUGUGAAACUGGAAGACCUACAAAGCAAGGCACAAGAUCAUGAAAUUUAUGAUCUGAAACCCUUCUUCAACAGCUCUCAUUUUUCAAAUGCUAAAUUUGUGCUGGAUGAAGAGCAUGGACUAAUCAGGCAUCACCUUGCCAGAUGAUUUAAGGAUUAUGAUUGGAAAUGGAUUAGAUAGGUAGUUAUCUUACUGAAUUGAUGAUAUUCGUAAUGGGAUUCAAAGGACUACCCUGUUUUGAGAAUUUAGAGGUGUAUUGUUUUCGGAUCUUCAUUUAAUCCAAUUAAGAACAAGUUAAAGAACUUCUAUUC